UAGUUCUAAAUAUUCUCCAAGUCAGCUCUCAUACUUCGAUUCUCCAUGAAAAAAAAAUGCUUUAGCACUCAACGCCAAUAGUACGUAGAUCAAAUUGACUUACUUUCUUGUCGCCCAAUCCAAUAUUCUAUAAUCAUGCCGAAACGCUCGUGGAACCAAGUUGAAGGUGCAGCAACGCAGCCCACCACUCGUCGCACGUCUACCAAGAAUGCAAAUCAGAACUUGCGCAUCAAGCCUGGAAGCCCACGCAGUCCCAAAGAAUCCAAACUACACCUGCGCAAUGGAAGCUUUUCCGAACAUCAGCAGCACCACCCUCCAACUCCAAGCUUGACCGAUGCCGGGUCUGAGCCACGAUCUGCGAAGUCAGGUUCCCUUCAACGGGCUCCGAGCCUGGCUCAUUCAGACGAUAAUGAAGCAAUGAUGUGGCCAUCAAUUACUCGCAAAGUGAAAGCAUGUGCGGCCUGUCGGAAACAAAAGAUCAAAUGUGAUAUGGACGACGACUCGCCACCUUGUAAACGAUGCAAGGAGAGAGGCCUCUCGUGCAAGCUCAACAAAAGCUUACAGACCUUAAUCGACGAGGAAUCGAGAUGGCGCAAGACGGUGGGCCACGAUCUAACAGUCAUGCACUCUGCCCUCAAACAGACAUUGCAAGCUCUAUCGCUCCCCUCGCUUCCUACCCUUCUCACGCCGGUGCCUGAACUCGGAAACAGCCACGAACAGGAAUUUCAAUCCAUUCAACACACACUCGAACCCGCUCCCCAUAAACCAACGUUUGACGUAUCUCCUCAAUUGCACCCAGCAGAUCACGACACGAUUGCACAAGUACCAAUUGACUCCCUCUAUGAACUCACUCACUUGCGCUCUCUCCGUGGAGAGACGCUGGAAGAGCAACACGGGAGUCGCCACGAUGACUUCAUCUCGCGAGGCCUGCUCCAUAUCGACGAAGCCGAAAGAUUGUUCCAAUUCUAUCAGUCUCAGCUUGACCCAUAUAUCUAUGGACUUGCAAGCAAAUACAAGACGCUGGAUAGUCUUCGUAGCAGCUCAUCCCUUCUGACUGCCUGUAUUUGUGCGGUGGCGGCCUCUCAUAUAGCUGGCAACGGUAAGGUUUAUGAGAUAUGCGAUCAGGAAUUCCGCAGACUGGUGUCCAAUUCCGUUUUUGAGCGUCGUAUCAACCUGGACUAUCUCCGUGCUUUAGUAAUUGGGUCGUACUGGCUGAGCGACGUAUCAUGGACGUUGGCCGGAGUUGCUGUCCGCCGUGCCAGUGAUAUUGACUUGCACAAAUUUUAUUAUCGUAUCCUAGACUCAACCAACGGGUUCGCUGAGACACCAAGCAGUUGGGAUCCAUCGGAUCCAGAAGCUUCAAUUGACCCCGUGCGAUUAUGGUAUUUAUUGUAUAUAUGUGACCAGCAUCUGUCAAUUCUGUAUACUAGAACACCCAUGAUCCGUGAAGAUGAUACGAUUCGGGGGUGGCGAGGAUACCUCGAAUCCCCACAUGCAACCCAGUCUGAUGUGCGAAUAUCAAGUCAGGUCGCAUUAAUGAUGCUUCUCAGCCAGAUGCGGGAGCUUUUUGGUGUCGACGCAACUAAAUUCGUUCCACGCGCCUUCGUCCCGCAUAUCAACACUUUCAGCCACCACCUCGAUAAAUGGCUAGCACAUUGGUCAUCUAAAUUGCGUGUCAACGAACAUAUUGGCAAUUUCCCUUCGAAAGGGGUCCUCCUGCACUACCACUUUGGUAAACUUCAUCUUUUCUCUCAUGUUUUCCGCGGCCUAAAGUCGGGCGAUCAUAUCGAACCUAUUCCUUCAUAUUUCAAAGAUGCCGCUUCGACGGCAGUGUCACACGCAACCACCAUCCUCGAGCUUCUUCUUAACGACUCCGACCUGCGACGUAGCAUCAUAGGAGUCCCACACUACUUUCACACAAUGAUUGCCUUUGCCUGUGUGGUGCUUCUCAAAGUCGUCGAUCGGUACCGUGAAGAGUUAGGUAUUGACGCUCAGAGCACGUACGCUCUCAUUCAACAGAUCAUCGAACUUCUGCGGCGCAAUAAUUGUGGUAGAUACCAUCUUGUGCACUGGAUGGCUGGGGGACUUGAGAACAUGCUUAAAUCCUCUCGCCGUAACAAUUCAUUCCUUCCUCUGCCAUGGAAUAAUAAAAAUAGCAGCAGCAAUAGCAGUCAUGCGCUCAGUCCACUUGAGCAGGAUGCUGUGGAUAAUUCGUUAUUCAGCAGUGUAGCUGACAUUCCCGAACAGCCUUCUUUUCUAUCACUUGAUCCGAAUUUCGACAUCCAGUCAGGUUUGAACGUUGAUGAGAGCGAAUAUGUUGGCGGUAAUAACGGCGCGCUGGGGAGCGGUCCGUUUCUGCCAAUGCUAGAUGGCGCUGAUGGAGGAGAUUAUGGCCUAACUGAUUUAAGUUUUAAUUUUGUCUGAUUAUGUGUGUCUGAUAUUUCUCCCUUUUUUCAUGUUAAUAUAUUUCACGAUUUUGAGGAUUUGGGAUUAGCACAUACCCUUAUGUCGGCGCAGGAGAAGCUGGGUUAUUGAAUUCGAAGUCUGCAAGAGAAGAUAAACUCAUUUGAACUUAACCUCGGAUAUCAUCAUUAUAAACAAGUUUUCGCCUAUUUUGAGAUCCCCACAUACUCACAAGUAACCCUAUAAAUGACCGGGAUUUGUACGAUAUCCAGGUGACCGGACGGCAUUCUCUCCGCCGGGUCUCAACAUUACCUAGC